AUGCUCUUCAACCUCGGCUUGACAGCUGAUGCCGCUGCUGCGCAUAACGGCGAGCUCGCUAGUUCCCAACCGGAAACACCACUCUCCCUGUCUUCCCGCCAGUCCUCACCGCGUCCAUUUUCAAUGAGCAAUUUACCUUCGUGGGGAUUGCGCGGUCUUUCCGCCAAGGGAAAAGGUAUGGAGGCAGACAAGCAUCGCUAUGAGCAACGCCGUUCAAUGCCUAUCACCGCUGUUGAGCCGAUAUCCUCGAGCGACGAGGACCAGCUUUCAACCGCCGGGCCAUCGCCCGUUCGACAUCAAUUCGGCCACCAGAAGUACACAAAGCAGCCUUCGCGGCCAAAAACCAUUUACCAGCUAGCACACCCUGCGACUAACGCGCGCCAUAAGCGGCUGAAGCUCAGACCUAAGCUGCUCCUCCAACUUCAACAAGUAUCGGCCACAUCACGCCCAUUACCUGUAUUCGAUGUCUUGCCAUCGACUUUAUUUACGUCUAGACUAGCCAGAAAAGUUCCCGCGAUUCUGCGCGGUAAGCGGGGCUUAGGUCCCAAUGAUUUAAUCGUCACGACUAGCGAUCUAUACGAGCGGCCAGUGAGCGAUGGUCCAGACAAAAACAUAAGCUCGGAUGAGGAAGGGGACCACCGUGAGGUUGUUGCGACCAUUUGUCAGUUGCUUAAAGAGGACGCUUUGUCCAAGGGAAAGGCAGAGAUCUGCCUUAACUCUGGGGCCGUGUUUGAAGCCACCCCUCUUCCCAACGGAUCCUAUGAAUUUGUUUCGAAUACGGACACAGGGCUUAUGGUUUUACGAUGGGUUCGACGUGGGCCAAGAAAGCGUCGUUUAUCGGCACCGCCUGGCUCAGUUCAGCCUGAGGAAAACCGUCGCUUCACGUUCAGCGUCAUCGAUCCCACUACACGCCGGCAUCCUGUUAUUGCCUCCAUGGCUCGUAACCACCUCGAGGUAUAUGAUAGGUACUCAUUACCAAGCACCGCCCCAUCUUCGCCUACAUCGGGAAUGUCCGUUAUUAGUGACGCCUCCGAGAUGGAUGUCCCACUGGACCAGCACGUUAUGGAAACCGAUGAGAAACUCCGCCUGUUGAUUAUUAUUACCAGCAUCUGGGUUGCUUUCCGAGAGGGAUGGUCCCAAAACUUUCGCUACCAUGAUUCGCUAGUUAAUGGAAAAGCUCCUCGUUCGCCAAGCUUAUCAAAACACAAUCCUACGACAGGCCCUGGAAAUGAGGAGGGCCGAGUGCUUUCAGGCAGAGACAAUGAGCUAGACAAACAGGCUCAAUCAGACCCAAAUCGUCGGGCAGUGACCUGGACCCAAGCAGCUUCCCACCCUCCAGCAGCAGACCGAUCAACUCAGUAUGGGAGUCUAUCAAAACGCUCCAAUUCUACCGGCGCCGCUUUCAUUGAACGGACUAACAAACGCAAUUCAUCAGCCAACCGGCAUUCUACGCUCUCCACCCCGCGCCAGUCGUAUGAUGGACCGACUGAAUCGCGGCCUACCCGUGCGAGUUCGAUCUGUAGAUCCCGGACCCAGGUGCGAAAAGCGGAUCGAGAAGACACUAAACUCGAAUCCAUCCCAACUCAAUCCGGAGCGGCACAGGGCUCUAAGGAUGGCCUUCAGACAACACUUGAUAGGCAAACGGAAACCCCACGCCCAACUAAGGGAAAGUGUCGACAUCGGCUUAGUAACCUUUUCGACUUCCUCAUUCGGAAGGGAGGGCAUCACCAUGAGUGA